AUCACAAGUGGUCAAGUCGCUGUAGCUAUUCUCUCCAGUGUCCUAUGAUAAGUUCUACGCAACACUGCUGAAAGUCAUUACGAGGGGUUGUGGGCUACGUUGUAUGAUGACUGGUCGUGACACCACAACCAGCGUUGCAGCCAAGGGCUUCUUUGAAAUGGAGUGGAGAGCAACUUGCCAGCGCAGGCAGGCCAUGAUUCUUUCUGGAAGCAGUGAUAGUGCUCUGUGUGAACUUUUUCCUCUACAGUGUGCCAUAACGGGUGCAAAUUACCUCAGCAUUCAGUCACUAAACAAGCAACUUGGUACAACUAGCUCACAAAAUUAUGGAUGUCGUCGCUACUGGCAUAUCCAUCACGUGUGAGCACCAUAUCAGGGAUGUGGCAGUAUCAGUUGUGCAGAAGACUCAGAGGCCACAUGGAUGCAGUGGCAGUACCAACCAGUUUAUUAUACAAAUGUUAUGAUCGGUAGCGGUCAUGUCACCACCAGUUCCAAAGUUGUGUCGUGCUAUCGGUUUGCUGAUUUGCACUACCUCAAGACAUAUCAACCGCCUGAUGGAUAUCCUAAUGAUGCUUUGGCACUGAGAGCGAAGUGUGCAGCCAUUGUUGAAUGGGAAACAAGAGGAGAGACACAAGAUGCAACAUCACCCCUGCUACGGGAAAGCAUAAUUUUUCAUACAUGGGUGCAGCAUGACUUCACCUUACCAACCAACACAGGGGGGCUCCAGCGGUCCCAUGCUGUCACCUCCACAGGGCCCAUCUUUUCCUGGCCUCUCUGGAGGACCUCCGCAAGGUGGACAACCGAGGGACCUGAACACAGCCAUGAUGUGCCGCAUAGGUCAGGAAACUGUGCAGGAGAUUGUCUCCAAGACCAUUGAACUCUUCCAGACCCUCAAAGCACUUCAGCCUCCAACAGGUACUGGACUGGCCAGUCAGGAGGAACGUCGCCUGAAGAUCCAAGAGACCUUACGCAAUGUGGGAAUUCUAUUCAAGCGUCUUCGUCGAGUAUAUGACAUCUGCAAUGAUAGUUGCCCUGGCAUGGAGUAUGCACACAUUGAGCCUGACGUGGCCCUCCAGAGCUUAGUGCCCAUGAAGGAUGAGCAAGAAGGUAAAACUGACGACCGCCGGGGCUCUGAAGCCUUACGUGUCCUCCUUGAAGAGAGAACCCGUCUCACAGAGGUCCCUUCAAAGCUGCAUAGGCUGCAAAUACUCUAUGCAUCAUUGAGCCCACAUCUCACUGCAACAGCAGACCAGUGCAAUAUGACCUCGAAUUCUACAGUAGAAAAACCAAGAGCUGUUGGAACGUUACUGGAGGUGGCUGCUAUCUGCUGUGGCAAAAGGCAACAAUGGAAGGCUCCUCAAGUGGUCAAUAUGCACACCUCAUUCACAAACCAUAUGGGCAAUGAGGUGCUUAUGCUCCCAGAAAGUACGGGACCACCGACGCCUCCUCACAGUCUACAGUGCACCAACCCGUAGAAAUAGGACAUGUUGUCACUUGUGACGUAGUAGUAGCCUGACAUAGUUCAUCUUGGACAGUCAGCCUUACCAGAGCACGAAGAUCCGUGGCCUGGUGUGUAGCAUAGGGGGGCACUAAGGGGGGGUCUGCUCCAUGUGUCGGGUGACAAAGUUUUGAAUGCGUCUUUGUGCAUAUACAAGGCAAAGGCUGGU